GGGAAAAAAAAGAAAGAAGAAGCAUCCAGGAGCUUAGUCGUGAAAAGGACUUUUGGCGAAAGAGCCAAUCGAAGGACAUCAAGCCGAAGAAACUAAGGACCGCGCCGCCGGUUGGGCUACUAUCGUCACUGCUCUAUUACACCGCCGCUGCAUCGCCACAUGUUCACGGGAAUUUCUUCGCUGAUUCGCUUUGUUUCAUUCGUCUAAUUAAUUGAGGUGAGUACGCGGACAUCUAACGCUAGAUUAUUCGUAUAUGUUUGAAAUUCACGUUUGCAAUCUGUACGAUUGAUUAUGUGGAAUUUGAUAAAUUUUUGGGAGAAUGAGUUCGUGGGUUUGUUCAGCGUAGAAUUCAUAGAUAACGUUAAUUCGUUUACAUAGCCAAUCGUUAAUUCAUUUAUGUGAAUUGUUUGAUUAUAAAUGUUUAAAUUACGAUUUAUUUGGGAAUUGAUUUAUUGAUCGACCGAGGAAGGCCAUGUACAUUUUUCUUACUCUAAUUUGUGUGGUUUGUGUGUCAAUAAUCUUUAAAAACAUUAUACGAAUUAAAUGGUUUGGAAUUGGAUCGAACUCUGCUGUUUUUGUAUUUUCUUAACGUCAAACGGUAGCUAGGUACUGCCUGGCGAUACGCUGCUACUGCCGUAGAAGGAAUCUCGCUGCCAGUACCUACACCCGCACGGUAGGGGGUACCGUAUGGACAGUACCAAGGCCGCUAUUUGUUAAAUAUUUAUGUUUAUGAAAUUUAUUUUGGUUUUUUAUAAAUUCGAAAAUAUCAAAUUAUGAACUUGAAUACGGAUAAGUUACCUAGAUGAACUGUAGGUAGACCGAGAAAUAGAAUAAGAAUACAGUUAGAAAUUACGAGUGAUGUGAUGAGCCAGCGUGCAUGCAUGAUCAGUUGGGUAAAGUGUAUGCACGGGGGUCGUAGAUCUAUUCAUGGAUAUGAGUAAGUGGUCCCAUCCCGCCGACAUUGGAUGACUUCAAUUCAUAUCGAACAGGUUCUUCCAUUGAUGUGGUUAUUUAAGGACUCUAGAAAGAAUAAAGAAUUGACCUCAACCUCAUUAAUGAACCUUGUAUAAAGAUUACGUGGCAUAAAUGCCUACGUUAAGAGUGAUGUAAAUUUGGUAAUUGAGGAAUGUAGGUUUUAUUUAUGAAUUGUUUGAUAUUAUUGAUAUUAUUGUGUUGGAGUUGUGCCCUGAUGGCCAACUGUUUUAUUGUUAUUCUAUCAUAUAUAGGCAGAUAUAAUAUGUUUACAUAUCUCAUGCUAAUGUAAACAAAUAUUAUAUUCCUAGAUUUAUAUUUAAAGAUGUUUAUCAGAUAGUGUUUUUUUGCUGAUGAGACUAACAUCUUGAAAUAAAUAUUUAUCUGAAUGUCCAUAGUCGAGUAUUAACAAUAAUAGGAUAUCGUUAAUGCAUGUGAGACUAGCAUGUGUUGGAUGUUUGACUUAGUCUCAUAGUCAAUGACAGAGUGUUCGCAUCCGCACAUGGGCAGAUAUUAUCUAGAGAUAAUAGGAUGCCGGACUGACUCACCCUAAAGAUGUUGCUUGAACUUUUAGUUCAUGCUCUAAGAAUAUUUAGCGCCACCACGAAUGUAACUAUCCUUCGACUUGAAGUAUUACGUUUUCUGCAUAUGUGAACCCGCAGCUUUGAUGCAUUGUCCUAAGCCAUAUAAAAUAAGGAUGGUAUACAGGCUUUGUCUAAGGUAUGCCGCAUCGCGUAUUCAGAAACGUAGAUUACGUACAUAGGAUUUGUCACUACUCUUUUUAAGAGAUUAAUGUCUUUUAAGGCCCACUGGUAAGUUAUGACUGAGGAAAUUGCAUGGACAUGCUAAGAUGCUUUUAUGACGUCUAUUCCUAUCAGUCAUACUUGAUAAAUCAGUUAAUGGCUUAAUGGAUACAAGAUGGAUUUUUAUAGUCCCUUGCAUUAAAUAUAGAUAUUGAAACAAAGGGAUACAGUUACAAGGAGUCUGAGUCGUUAAAAGAAUCAUAUUUUCGGCCAAAUGGGAUUUUGAAGAAUCAAAAUUUCCUUGAUUGAUUUUUGAGUGGGCUAAUGGAUUUGUCAUUUAGCUAACGACAAAAAUUAAUUUCCACUUCUUUGUUUUAUUUAUAUACUCCACAUCAUUAGCCACAUUAUCAAGGUGUAGUUUUUUUUCCUUUGUUCGGCCAUCAAUAUUCUACAGAAAGAAAAAAUAUAUUUUGUGUUCCAUUAAUAUCAUUUUGUGUAUAGAAAAUAUCUAUAAUAUUUUCUAAAUAUUAUUAGAAAUAUUUUCUAUAGAAAUAUACAAGAUUUUUAUUAUCCCAAUUUUAAUCUUUAUAUUUUAUACAACUAUAAUCUUUACUAGAAUAAAGAUUGUGCUAGACUCCGGCGUUGUUUGUGUGUCAAAGUUAGAGACCGGACGCUUGAACGGUUACGUUUGCACUUUUAACGCUCUUCCCACGACUUCUUCGUUUUUACCGCUUCUAGAGAAAGAUAUAAAUUUCUUAAUUAUUAUAAGUUUUAGUACGUGAUUCUGAGCAAGAUAAUCAUGUAAGGAUGUUAAAAUUUUUAUAUUCCGCUACCUAUCCUUGCAUUGUUACCUUUCAGUGGUAUCGAAGCCAACGUACAAAACUAUAGUUUUAAGUUUGACUUUUUAUUUUAAAAUGUCAAAAUUUUCACUUAGUAAUAAUUAAAGUUCGGAAAUUGCACUGUUCUUAUGUGGUUAUGGAACACUGGUCUCCUCUUUGAUUGGGAAUUCGUUUUGCUAUGCGGACUUGGAAUCUUGGUAUGUCCUUUUAGAUCAAGAGUGGUGGAUAACUGUUUUUCUGCUCUGUAUGGGCUGAUGUACUUUCAAUGGUAAGUGUCUUUGACAAGGAGAGGGGGACGAAACAGUCAUAAAGGUGGCUGAAGAAAGGGAUAUAAUGCUAUUGGGUUCAUUAUGUAUCUGCAGUGCUGUUUCCUAGAGGUUCACUGGACAGGACGUAUGCAGGGAUCAGGAUGUCUUUGCUCCCUUGGAUAAUUUCCAGCCAUGCUCCCUUGUUUUAUUGUGUGAUUUUGCAGAUGUAUUAUUGUACUUCUUUCCUUUAGAUUGGCCGGUUUGGGGUGUUGGCCAGCCACCCUUUGUACUCCUUUCCUUUUUUCUAUUAAUAAAAUUCUCUUCUUUAAUAAAAAAAAAAUAUAUAUAUGAGGUCAUUCUCACAGAAACCGGUUCCUAUACAUACACACACACACACACACACAUAUAUAUAUAUAUAUUGAAUAGAUGCCUAUCGAUGACAUUAAGAAAGAACUUAAAUCCGCUGAGCUGUCGGAUGUGGCAAUUGAAGAGAUAUUGCAAGUCCUCUCUGUGAAGUCAUUGGAAAAAUUGGAAGAGAAGCUUGGGACGGCUACAGAAGCACUUGCUGAUUUGAAGCAACUAUUUUCAUUGGCCGAGAAGUAUGGCUAUUCUGAGUGGAUUCAGUUUGAUGCAUCAAUUGUGCGCGGACUAGCCUAUUAUACCGGCAUCGUGUUUGAGGGAUUUGAUAGAGCCGGGAAUUUGCGAGCUAUAUGUGGUGGUGGGCGAUAUGAUAGCUUGCUCUCUACUUUUGGAGGAGAUGAUAUUCCAGCUUGUGGCUUUGGAUUCGGUGAUGCAGUCAUAGUUGAGCUUCUAAAGGAGAAGGGGCUUGUGCCAGAAUUGAGUAUGCAAGUAGACGACAUCGUCUGCUCUCUAGACCCCAAUCUCCAAGGCACCGCUUCUUCUGUUGCAACCAUACUUCGGGAGAAAGGGCAGACCGUCGAUCUGGUUUUGGAAAACAAACCGCUUAAAUGGGUGUUCAAAAGGGCUGCCCGGAUGAAUGCGAGCAGGCUGAUCUUAGUUGGGAGUGAUGAGUGGCAAAGAGGGAUGGUGUGUGUUAAGAUUCUUUCUUCUGGGGAGCAAUAUGAGGUCAAAGUGGAUGAACUUCAGUAGCAAGGAUCUGAAUGAUAUGAUGCACUGUAUAUCAUUAUUUUUAUUUUUAUUUUUUGCUGAGUCCCUGCAUUGUUUUUUUUUAAAUAGAAAACAUGCAUAAGUUUUUCUUCUUUUUUCCCCUACUGCUAACUUUUCUGAUUAUAUCUUGAUGACAUAUUAUUUGAAAGAAAACAAGCUUGAGAUG